AAGGACCGAGCUCUGCCAACUAAAGAGUCGGGUCUCUUUAGGCAGCUACUGCAACACUACGAGGCGAAGCAGCACAAGCAAGGAAUCAAGGCUGCUGAUCAGAUCCUCAAAAAGUUCCCAAAUCACGGUGAAACUCUGGCAAUCAAGGCUCUGGUCAUCCACUCAUCUCUGCCUCACAAUCACCCCACGGCUACCUCACAACCCAAGGGGGAGGAGGCUAACCGCCUGAUCGACACCGCUCUGCGCAAAGAUCCCUAUUCCCAUAUCACCCAUCACGUUCACUCGAUCAUCCUUCGGGCCGACAAGGACUUUGCUGGAGCUGCAGAUGCUCUGCGUAAAGCUCGUGAAAUCGACCCGGAGAACAUCCCCUUGAUCAGGGACAGUAUCUCGCUCUACACCCAGCUCAAGCAUUACGAUGAAGCACAGCAAGCCAGAAUCAAGUAUCAUACCCUUCGGCCGAACAUGAAGGCGAACUGGGUGACAGUAGCUAUCGGAUAUGAGCUGUGCGGCGAGCCUCAAAAUGCGUUGAACGUUUAUGAUCAGUUGGGAAAGGCCUUGAAGGACACCGGCUAUGAUUCGGUGGAGAAAGCAGAGCUGUGUAUCCAUACGAUCAGGCUGAUGGUGGAAGUUGGCCGGUAUCAGGACGCCCUCGAGUUGUUGCGCAAGUCUGUCGACGACAAAACCCUUCCACCAAUUUGCGACGUCAUGACGCUUGAAGCAACAAUCUACGAGAAGCUGGGCCAGAAGGAGAAAGCUGAAGAGCAGUACCGAAAGUUGAUCGAGCUCAACCCAGACAACUUGAGCUACUAUGGCAAUUUGAUGUUCCUCAAAGGAAUCGAUUUCGACUCAACAAUAUCUGAGGACCUGCUGCCGAAGACAUUGACAAUCAUGGACGGGUUCGCCGAAAGCUAUCCGAGGGCUUCAGCACCGAAACGUCUUAUCCUGGAUAUCGUCAACGGCGAUGAAUUCCGGUCUAGGGUGAAAGCGUACAUGCAGAAGGCUUUCGAAAAGGGGGUUCCCUCGUUAUUCUCCGAUUUGAAGGAAUUGUGUCGGGCGGAAGAAAAGCAGAAGAUCAUCCAGGAAGCUGCUGAAGAGUUCAGGGAGCAUUACGAAGCGAAGGACGAAAGUGAGCCAUACUCGGAAGCCCUUCUCUGGACAUAUUACUUUAUCGCAUCAAGCAUCUCGCAUAGGACUUGCCCUCAGAAGGACUAUGCCAGGGCUCUAGAACUACUUGAUAUCGCGGGGAAGAGACACCCUACCGUGCCCGAGGUGCUGUUUGCUCGCGGACACGUGCUCAAACGGGCUGGUGAUUUGGAGGGUGCAGCGAGGGCUUUGGAGCAGGCGAGGUUGUUGGACAAGAGCGAUCGAUUCCUCAAUGGGAAAGCGGGGAAGUACUGGUUGCGAGCAGGUCAGAUCGAGAAAGCUGGACAGGUCUUUGGGUUGUUCACGAAGAAAGACGCACCGACACCUGGAGCCGAUCUCAAAGACAUGCAAUGUAGCUGGUACCUGAUUGAGGAAGGAGACGCAUAUCGCCGGGCCGGUAACCUGCCUCUCGCUGUCAAGCGAUACGAGCAGGUCAUUGCAAUCUACCAAGAGUUGGAGGACGACGAAUACGACUUCCAUACCUAUUCUCUGCGGAAGCUGACUCUGGACGCGUACCAGCAGAUGAUGAAGUUUGAUAGAGAGUUGCGCUCGGAUCGCUGGUUUACGCGGGCUGCUGCUUCAGCGUGUGAGGUUUACGCCUUGAUUCACGACGAUCCGUCUCUGCGUGAAAUCAGAUUGAGUCCCGAGGAGGAAGCCGAGCGAAAGAAGGCGGCUAAAAAGGCACAAAAGGCGGGAAGCAAAGCAAAGAAAGCCGCUGCUUCUGCCCCUACGGAUCCGAAGAAAGAGAAGGAAGAACCCUCUUUGCCUGACUCUGACCCGGCCGGUGCGGACUAUCUAAAAGAAGUGGAUCCUUUGGAGGCGAUGGAACGUUUGGUGCAAGCUAUGCGAAGGACACCUACUCUCGAGUCAUGGCUUGUAGAGUUUGAGCUCGCCAUGAGAAAGAAACAAUUCAUGCGAAUGCGAUUGGCAAUGUCCCACGCCCACGACUUAGCUCCUGAUCAUCCUAAGGUCCACGAGAAGUGCAUCGCUUUGGCUAUCUUUUGCCGCAGCGAAGCCGGUGUGAAGGCACUUGCCGAGGGGCAAAAAGAGAUCAACGAGGUCGCACUGGCCGAAAUCGAAAAAUUCAUCCCGCAGGACGCCAGCGCCUUGCGAACCAACUCCGACUACCUUCAGCAACAUCAAGACGCCGGGCAUAUCUUGGCCGCCGCCAGGUCCCUCUACCUCAUCCUUUCGAAUCAGCUCGGAGAGGGACAGUCGGAGUUGUCCGGCGAUGACAAGCGUCAGGUAGAGGAGACGCUCAUGCAGAUCGUCUCGCCUGACGUCCAGCCCGAUCUCGCCGUCUACAAGCAAGCCCUGGCGUUCUACGUCUCUCCAUUGAAGAGCUCGGAUGAAGCUAGGUCGGCCUUCCUUUCGGCUGUGAGGAAGAACCUCCCGCUCGGGUUUGACUUCAAGGAGUUGUCCGAGAUCGCCUCUAGGCGUGAAGCUUGGGCCAAGGAGGAUGAUUCGGUUGCCACCAAUGGGGACAGCAAGAAGUAGGAAUAGAUUGGUCGUGAUCAUGAAAGAAGGACGUUAGUAGAGGAGAGCUGUAGGGAACCUGUAGCUCGCAAAAUCGCAUGUCAAGAGCCCGAGUCUAGAAACAGUAGAAAUCAACCGACACAUUA